AUGCCGCGGCCGUCGCGCGAUUCCUACAGCGAUCAGAAGCCACCCUACUCGUACAUAUCUCUUACUGCCAUGGCGAUAUGGAGCUCGCCGGAACGGAUGCUGACGUUGUCUGAGAUAUACAGGUUCAUCACUGAUCGGUUCCCUUAUUACCGAUACAAUACGCAGCGCUGGCAGAACUCGUUGCGACACAAUCUCUCCUUCAACGACUGCUUUGUGAAAGUGCCUCGGAAUCCUGACCGACCUGGAAAAGGAGCGUAUUGGACCCUGCAUCCACAAGCCUUUGAUAUGUUCGAGAAUGGUUCGCUGCUUCGCCGUCGUAAGCGCUUUACGUUACACAAAAGAGAGAAGGGCAACUUGAAGACUGAAUUGGCAGCGUUAUUAAGUUUUAAUCAUCAAUUUCUAGCGUGUCAGAAUGAAAUACCAACGACUCAAUUAAAGGACUUAGCAAAGUAUAAGGAUUCUUCAAAAUGCAGUGCUGAAAGUAAGCCCCGAAAAUCUUUUACUAUAGACAGUAUACUAAGAAGUGAUAUUGGAACGGAAAGUAGUGGUGUUAAUAGCGUUCAAAGUUCAAGCGGUAGUGCUACCACUGUUUACCCACCAGACUUGAUGGCUAUUGCUGCUAUGGUAUGGCAGUCUUCUGUAUCUUAUCAGUUAACUAUGUACGCUCCAUUUAAUAUUCCAUUUCAAGAUUACAGUGAUUUGCAAAAACUAUUUUACAUCCAGUUAUUGCAGCAACAGUAA